AUGUUUCCCGAAGAACAGGUUCGGAACGAGGUUGUCAUUAUGCGAUACCUUCAUGAUGCGACUUCAAUCCCGGUGCCAUUCAUUCUCCACUGCGGUUCUAAGAAAGAGUCUCCCUUGGAGUUGGGCCCUUUCAUUACCAUGGAAUAUGUCGAACAUGACACGAAUAUGUACGACCUUCUCAAUAUCCCAAAUUACCCACCUGAGAAAAGGGGAAGGCUUAACCCCGAUAUCAAUGAGGACACUCUUCAAGCAUUAUACGGGGAGCUAGCUGGCAUUCUGUUGCAACUUUCAAAAGUAGACUUCCCUCGGAUCGGAUCAUUGAGUCGGGUUGACGACUUUACAUGGGAAGUGGCGAGCCUUCCUUUAUCAAUGAAUUCAAACGAACUCGUUAGACCAGGGUCCCUACCUCAGUCAGAAUUACCAAGCUACGAGACAAUAUUUACCUCAGCAUCUUCGUACUUCGAAGCCCUGGCGGAACUUCACAUUGCCAAUCUCAUCCAUCAAAGAAACGACGUAAUCGAGUCUGCAGAUGAUCGUCGACGCAAGUUCAUUGGCAGAUACCUCUUCCGCAAGCUAGCCCGCGAGGGUAAGCUCACCAAGCGAUGGGUAGCAUUCGAUACAGGCCUGUUCAAAAUAUGGUGUGAUGAUUUCCGACCAACAAAUGUUCUUGUCAACAAUGACUCUAAAGUGACCGUCGUCGUGGAUUGGGAGUUCACGUACGCGCCGCCUUGGUGGCUUCUUAUUGAAACACCGGAGUACUGGCCUCAAGGUCUUGAGGACUGA